CGCCCCGCCGGCGCCUCGCCAUGUCCAACUCGGGCAGGAAGGACUUUGACGUGAAGCACAUCCUGCGCCUCCGCUGGAAACUCUUCAGUCACCCGGCGGCCUCGGCGGGCGGCUGCCUGCAGCAGGACAGCGGCAGCUUCGAGCACUGGGGGCCCAGCCAGAGCCGCCUGCUGAAGAGCCAGGAGCGGGGCAGCGGCGCCUUCUGGAAGAAAGCCUCCUCCUCCUCGUCGUCGUCUUCCACGGCCGCCGCCGCGCCGCCGCCCCCCGCCGCCUCAUCGGCCUCUCCCCUCAACGGGACCUCGCUGCCCGCCACCCGGCUCCUCCAUGGGCUGGCCGAACAGGCGGGCCACCCGCCGCCGGCCCCUCGCACCGUCUUCUACGUGGAGUCCCUGGAGGAGGGGUCCGGCUGGACGCGCCCGCAGGAGACCACGCUGGUGCUGCGCGAGGUCAAGGCGGAGCCGGCGCCGGGCUCGGAGGACGGCGGGCAGGCGGCGGGGGACAGGCUGUCGUCAACCGGCCAUCCUUUGCCACCUCAAUGCGAUUUGGACUCCGGGUGUUCGGAGGAAUUCUACCAAGCUGUACACCAUGCUGAACAAACCUUCCGGAAGAUGGAGAGCUAUCUGAAGCAGCAGCAGCUCUGCGACGUUAUCCUGAUUGCUGGGAACCGGAAGAUACCUGCGCACAGGCUUGUUCUAAGUUCAGUUUCUGACUACUUUGCUGCCAUGUUUACAAGUGAUGUUUGUGAAGCCAAGCAAGAGGAAAUCAAAAUGGAAGGCAUUGACCCUAGUGCCCUGUGGGACCUGGUCCAGUUUGCUUAUACAGGUUGCUUGGAACUCAAAGAAGACACGAUUGAAAACCUCUUGGCAGCUGCCUGUCUCCUUCAGCUCCCUCAAGUAGUUGAAGUGUGUUGCCAUUUUCUCAUGAAACUUUUGCACCCCUCUAACUGUUUGGGAAUCCGGGCUUUCGCAGAUGCUCAAGGCUGCACAGAGCUUAUGAAGGUGGCUCACAGCUACACCAUGGAGAACAUAAUGGAGGUUAUUAGAAACCAAGAAUUUUUACUGUUGCCUGCCGAUGAACUCCAUAAACUUCUCGCCAGUGACGAUGUGAAUGUUCCUGAUGAGGAGACCAUUUUCCAUGCCUUAAUGAUGUGGGUCAAAUAUGACAUGCCCAGGAGAUGCAACGACCUUAGUAUGCUACUCGCCUACAUCAGGUUGCCACUUCUGCCACCACAGAUUUUAGCUGACCUAGAAAACCAUGCACUUUUUAAAGAUGACUUGGAAUGUCAGAAGCUGAUUCUGGAAGCCAUGAAAUAUCAUCUUUUGCCAGAAAGACGGACUCUCAUGCAAAGCCCAAGAACGAAGCCGAGGAAAUCCACGGUUGGGACGUUGUAUGCGGUCGGAGGGAUGGACAACAACAAAGCAGGUGCUACCACCAUCGAGAAGUACGAUCUCCGGACCAAUAUAUGGAUCCAAGCUGGAGUGAUGAAUGGCAGAAGGUUACAGUUUGGCGUGGCUGUCAUUGAUGACAAACUCUUCGUUAUCGGAGGCCGGGAUGGCUUAAAGACCUUAAACACCGUGGAGUGUUACAACCCAAAGACGAAGGCAUGGACGGUCUUGCCCCCAAUGUCAACCCAUCGGCAUGGUCUAGGAGUUACUGUACUUGAAGGGCCCAUUUACGCGGUGGGAGGCCAUGAUGGCUGGAGCUAUUUGAACACAGUCGAGAGGUGGGAUCCCCAAAGUCAUCAGUGGACAUUUGUAGCCAGUAUGUCCAUUGCCAGAAGCACUGUUGGUGUGGCAGCAUUAAAUGGCAAGUUAUACUCAGUCGGCGGUCGAGAUGGAAGUUCUUGUUUGAGUUCCAUGGAAUAUUAUGAUCCCCACACAAACAAAUGGAGCAUGUGUGCUCCAAUGUGUAAGAGAAGAGGAGGUGUGGGAGUGGCUACAUGUGAUGGUUUCCUCUAUGCAGUUGGAGGUCACGAUGCCCCCGCUUCUAACCAUUGCUCCAGACUCCUGGAUUAUGUUGAAAGGUACGAUCCCAAAACCGAUACGUGGACGAUGGUGGCUCCCUUAAGCAUGCCUCGUGAUGCUGUUGGCGUUUGCAUUCUUGGUGACAAAUUAUAUGCAGUUGGUGGAUAUGACGGCCAGACGUACCUGAACACCAUGGAGUCGUAUGACCCUCAAACAAACGAGUGGACGCAGAUGGCAUCUCUAAAUAUUGGAAGGGCCGGAGCCUGCGUGGUAGUCAUAAAGCAGCCAUGACUUUGCCGGUAGUCGAUUUUACUGACUUCUAGGUGGAUAAUUUUUCCCCCUCUGUCAAAUAAACAGCCACAAAACUCUGUUGAGCAAAAGGAUCGAUAGACACAGCCUGCACUCUGUUGAUCACAAACUUGAAAAAGUUUAAGAAGAGGGAGGAAAAGCUUGAGGAUGUAAUGCCUUUCCCAGUCAUUAGAAACUGCUCAGCUAAUGAACGAGAGACAAAAAGAAACGAAUCUGUCAUAGAAUCCAGGAGGAAC